UUGAGUUCUUCUGACUAACCCGCAGUCACACAUAACAAGAGGGAGCUCCUCCAGUCCAGACGCACCCAGCAGCCAGUCGACUUGUUCUUCUCUCGGAGACUCAAGAACCUGCACAUCUUUUUAUUUACACUCCUGACAUGAGCUUCAGCAUCUUUUAAACUUCUCAAUCGUCAAGUUUAAGUCUUCGUCGGUUGUCUUUUCUCUGUUUUCGUGACAACACACUUGUGUUGAUUCAUCUGUUGGGAUAUUUUUUCCGUGUCCUCUUCCUCGAACAGAGAUGCCUGAGGACAUAGGGACAGCCAAGCCUGGAGGAGUCAUUGCCUAUAUUUCUUCUGGCUCAGCCUCCAGCCCAGAGUCCUGUAUGAGUACCAGCCCCAGCAAAGGCUACCUGUCGACAUCGCCGACAGCGUCCCGCCCCUCUCUGCCCAGCAGAGCCGUGGGCAUGGUGGUGGAUAUCUCUCCGCCGGCCAAGAAUGGCCACCAGCGCGGCAACGGCAUGGAGAAGGCCGGACGCUCCUCCACGUCUGCCAAGAGCAGCAUUACCAAGAUUAACGGCAUGGUGCUGUUGUGCAAAGUGUGUGGGGAUGUGGCCUCGGGCUUCCACUAUGGUGUCCACGCCUGCGAGGGCUGCAAGGGCUUCUUCAGGAGAAGCAUCCAGCAGAACAUCCAGUACAAGAAGUGUCUUAAAAUGGAGAACUGCACCAUCAUGAGGAUCAACAGGAACCGCUGCCAGCAGUGUCGCUUCAAGAAGUGUCUGGCUGUCGGCAUGUCCAGAGAUGCUGUCCGAUUUGGACGCAUCCCAAAGAGGGAAAAGCAGAGGAUGCUGCUGGAGAUGCAGAACGCCAUGAACAACAUGAUGAGCAACAACAGCCAGCUGCACAGCAUGCUGCACGGCCACCAGAGCUCGUCACUGCCCAUGGAGGCCAUGACCAGCGACGCCAGCUCCUCGUCCUCAUCCUCCUCCUCCUCCUGUGCUUCCAAUUCCCCAUCUUGCUCCAACCCCUCCUCCCCACAGAGCACCCAGGACUCAGAGUCUGUGGUUUCAAUGGACACCAACUCCAGCUCUGCCUCCCCCUGCGCCUCAGACAGCGGCGAGGACGAGGCCGUCGUCACGAUAAGCAGGCAGCACCAAGACGCCUUCGGCCAGCAGAGGUCACCGAGACAGGGCCAGGCCUCGCCUUUGUCGGGCUCAGCCCCCCUGGAAACAGGGAGCAACAGCUGCAUGGAGGAGCAGCAGGAGAGCUGGAACUGCUGGAACAACAAUGUAGUUGUGGGAGGUUACCAGCAUGGCUCGUACAGUCCACACGUCACCAACACUGCUUACAGGGAGGAGAGGGGAGUUUACCAGCAGCAGCAGCAGCAGCAGCAGCAGCAGCAGCUCAACAGCACCCCUAGCUGUGAACCAUCAGAAGACUGCCAAAGACAGCAUGGCUACAACACACAAACUGCCUCUAGUGGUUACAAUGGACCAACCAGCUAUGUGAACAACAGAGCACACUUGGUCUGCCCGAUGAACACAUCACCCUACGUGGACCCCCACAAGCCGAGCCAGGAGAUCUGGGAGGAGUUCUCCAUGAGCUUCACCCCCGCCGUGCGAGAGGUGGUCGAGUUCGCCAAGAGGAUCCCGGGCUUCUGCGACCUCCCCGAGCACGACCAAGUCGGCCUGCUGAAAGCUGGAACUUUUGAGGUGCUGAUGGUCAGAUUCGCCUCUCUCUUCAAUUUAGCCGAGCGAACGAUCACCUUCCUGAGUGGCAAGCGUUACAGCCUGGACACACUCCGGUCGCUGGGCGCCGGCGAGCUGCUCAACUCCAUGUGCGAAUUCAGCGAGAAGCUGGCGGCGCUGCGGCUUAACUCUGACGAAAUGAGCCUCUUCACAGCUGUGGUGCUCGUCUCAGCCGAUCGCUCGGGGAUCCAGGACCUGAACUCAGUUGAGGCCCUCCAGGACAAACUGAUCCGGGGUCUGCGAAACCUGGUGAUGCAGAAUCACGGCGAGGAGUCGUCCACCACCUUCACCAAGCUGCUGCUCAAGCUUCCAGAGCUGCGUUCACUCAACAACAUGCACUCAGAGGAACUGCUCUCCUUCACAGUGCACCCUUGAAAGCUUACUGAUUGGGGGUAGCGGGGUGCACCUGCACCCUCCGACUUAUUAUCCACACACCUCCACCUCUACCAGGACCUGCCUCUUACUGCCCCAUCGCCCUCCUCCGUGUUUCGACCAACCCUGUUGUUAUUUGUUUCUAGAAUGUAUGAAAAGUUAUUUUUUAUUCUAUUUUUGUUAAGUUGACCAUGUGGGGUCUGAAGAGAGAAGAAUAUAAAAAGUACUGUAUUUAUAGAGAGAUAGCUUAUGCUUGUUGCACACAAACACACGCAAGUGCAUGUGUGUCAGAGGUUCUUAGUUUUUGCAGAUUUGGAUGCAUUUUUCUAUUUUUGAGAGAUUGAAGAGUACUUAACUGGCUUUAUGAAAUGAUUAGAAACCCAUUCGUCGAUCCAAAAGCCAUUUAAUUCCAAAGUGUAUUCUCUGAUGAGCGGGUGAAUGUGAGAUAAAAGUAAUAUACCUUACACACCGCAUGUUUGUUUAGUCCAACAUUUUUGACUGAUACAUGUCGGCGAGGAAGGCAAGCUAUCAGAAAACGUAUUGAAGAAUGUGUGAAGAUCGCUGCUAAUGCAUGGCUGUACUUAAUGCGAACAAUUAAUUACUUGGAUCUUCUCCCCUUGCCUCAGAAAGCAUCAGUUCACAGUUUCAGUGUAUAUAGUGUUGUGUGUUUUCUUUUUAUUUAAUUUUAUACAUGUUUAUGUUAACUGCCUGUACACUGCCUGGUGAUUUCUGGGGGAGUCGAUGACACCAUUUUCAGCAACACUACAUUUUUUUUUUUUUUCAAAUGUUCUGGAGCAGAAAAACCAAGUAAUGUGUAAACAAGUGUUUAUGUUGUUGUUCCCACUUUCCAGGUUUUCUUUUUUUUUUUUUUUAUCAAACUUUGUGUCCUUUCAGCAUAGCACUGAAUUUGAUGUGUUUGUCAUCCAUUUUGUUGAAAUAUCUGUUUCUUCAACUGGCAACACUGCCAUAUGUAAAUAACUAUAUAAAUAUAUAUAUAAAUAUAAAUAUCUGAUGAACAUAGAAUAUAAAUAUGAUAUAGUAUGAAUAAAUACAAGUGAGAAAGUA